ACUCCCUGAAAAAAAAGUCAAGCAAUGGAAUGUGGAAAGUUCUGGAAAAUUGAAGAAAAAACAUAUGUCCCAGCUGAUCAGCUGGUCUGAGAUUAUCUGGAAAGCGUGGCUUAGUUUAGCUUAUUUCCAGUCGUUCUGGUAUUGGAGUAUUGAACCCAAGAGAAAGAAUUGAGUUGUUGUCGUUUGUUUUGUUUUCUUUCGAAAAGUGCUUGAUAAGUGUUUCGUGCAAUUCGUUUUUGCGAUUCUGAGAAGCGUGCAAUUUCGUUUCGGUUUCGGUUGAUAAUUUCAUAGUCCAGUGACCAGAAGGGCAGCGAUUAAGUUUGCCCAAGUUUAUGGCUACACAGUCAAUAGUGGAAGCUCGAAUUUAGUAAAAGCGGAACACAAUUUUUCGUUUAGCUGAAUGUGAUUGUUGAUUGCAAGUGCACUGGUUGAAAUUGCACAGAUUGGCGCCUCUCGCGAAAGGUUCCCCUUCUCUUGGAUCCCUUGGGGACAAAAAUAACCUGAACGGUUUGAUCGUCGGCCGGUUUCCAAGACCCGUUUGUUGUUGUUGUUGUUGUUGUUGUUGUAAUCAUCUCUUAAGCCACUUGGUUUUAGCGACAGCGAGCAGUAGGUACCCCAAUGCAAACUGUGUUUAUGGCCCGGGCAGUCCCUUCUACCUGGAAACCUGAAAUUGUUUGCAGCCAGCCAGCCACGGAAACGAACGCCGCGGGUGGCGACCGAUAAUCCCCAGGCCAGGUCGUAUUCGCACAACCAUCAGAUGGCUCACAGCGGCGGAGGCGGCGAUAGUAAGUUCAUCUCGAGGCUGAGCCUCAACGUGGACGACAACGAUGGCAUCACGAAUCGGGGCUUUUACGCUGACCUAGCGGAGGAUCAUGAUCGAGGAGGAGGAGGAGGAGUUGGUGGUGGUCCAAAUGGGACCUCUUCAGGCCACGGCAAAGCGGGUCCCGGCCUUUCCCCGCUAACCGUGAUCCGGCCCCGAUACCAGCAAGAAGAGCUCAAUCAGGAAAUGAACUAUCGGGUGCCGGAAACGCGUGUUUGUAAGGAGAUGAUCAAAAGCAUUAGGGGGGUCAGUGCUAAAGGGUGUGCGAGAAGUGUUUUCCCCAUUUUUGGGUGGCUGUCGGAGUACUCGUGGGCGCAGGAUUUCGUUCCGGAUUUGAUAAGUGGAUGUACGGUGGCUGUGAUGCAUAUUCCUCAGGGUAUGGGUUAUGCUCUGUUGGCAAGUGUUCCGCCAAUUGUGGGGAUCUAUAUGGCGUUUUUCCCAGUGUUGGUUUACUUCAUUCUUGGAACAUCGAGGCACAAUUCGAUGGGUACUUUUGCGGUGAUCUCGAUUAUGGUGGGGAAAGUGGUCUUGAGUUAUUCUAGUGUUGGUGGAAAUUCUGGAGGGUCAAGUGCAACAGUUGGGAAUGAAACUUUGGCAGCAACACUGACUUCCGGUGGAAAUACUGAUGGAAUUGUACGGGGACCAAUCGAAGUGGCAGCAGCUGUUUGUUUCGUUGUUGGAGUUUUUCAGGUGUUGAUGUACUUCGGCCGGCUCGGAGUCAUCUCGUUCCUGCUAUCAGACACCCUCGUAUCCGGUUUCACCACCGGUGCAGCCAUCCACGUGCUCACAUCGCAAAUCAAGGAUCUCUUAGGGCUUUCGCUGCCACCCAUUACAGGGCAUUUCAAAAUUGUCAAGACCUACAUCGCCAUCUUCUCAGAUAUAGCGAACGUAAACCAGGCGGCAGUGUUGAUAUCUGCUGUCACAAUCGUGUUGCUGGUGAUUAACAACGAGUACCUGAAGCCGAAGGUUGCCAAACGGAGCACGAUCCCGAUUCCGAUCGAACUGAUAGCGGUCAUCAGUGGGACCCUGCUGUCGCAGUACUGCGGCCUCAACGAGAGCUAUGCGAUCAAAACAAUCGGACACAUCCCGACCGGAUUUCCGACUCCCAACAUGCCGGACAGUACCCUCUUCAAAGCCAUUCUGCUGGACUGUUUCCCGAUAGCGAUGGUUGCGUAUGCCGUUUCCGUCUCGAUGGGUCUGAUCUUCGCCCAGAAGCAAAAUUACGAGAUCGACUUCAACCAGGAACUGCUGGCUAUGGGCGCUAGUAAUAUUUUCGGGUCGUUCUUUUCGUGCAUGCCCUUCUCGGCCUCACUUUCACGAUCGAUGAUCCAGUACACGGUGGGUGGGAAGACGCAAAUCGCUUCGAUCAUAUCAUGCGGUAUAUUGGCGGUGGUUUUGUUGUGGGUGGGGCCUUUUUUCGAGCCCUUGCCUCGGUGCGUUUUGGCUGGGAUCAUUGUGGUGUCCCUGAAGGGGUUGCUGAUGCAGGUGACACAGUUUUUGGACUUUUGGAAACUGAGCUGCGUGGAUGCUGGUAUUUGGAUCAUCACUUUCCUGACGGUGGUUCUGGUAGCGAUCGACAUCGGGUUGUUGGUGGGGAUCGUUUUGAGCAUCUGCUGCAUCUUCUUCAAGGGCAUGAAACCUUACACUUGUCUGAUGGAGAAUGUACCGAAUACAGAUCUGUACCUGGACAUCAAUCGAUACAAGGGAACGAUCGACAUCCCGGGGGUGAAAAUCUUCCACUAUUGUGGAAGUUUGAACUUCGCCACUCGAGCCGGAUUCAAAUCGGCGCUUUGCGAUGCUCUUAAGCUGAAUCUGACUGAGGAAAUAAAGCUUCUGAACGUAUCGAGCAGCGAUAACGAUUACAAACGGCAACAGAAUCUACGAUAUUUGGUUCUGGACUUUGGGGCGCUAAGUUGUAUCGAUUCAUCGGCCAUCUCUUCGAUGAAGGCCUUGAUCGGGGAAUUCGAAAAAUUGUCCAUUACGAUGCUGAUUGCCGGGGUGGUUCCGCCGGUGUACGAAAUGAUGUUUAAGUGUGGUUUGGUAGGUGGCGAACGGGAGUUUUGUAAAUUGUUCCCAACGGUUCACGAUGCCGUUCACUGGGCCCGGGAGAGUUUGGGACAGGAUUCCGGCCGGAUUAGUCUGGCGUAAGGCAAUCUGUCCUUUUCGCAGUAUUAAGUAGAAUGUCAGGGAUUUCAAUGAAAUAACAAGAAACAAACGUCGAAUCUCAAUACAGAUCAAGAAUUCAUAGAAUUUAGUCAGCGAUGAGCUAUCCAAUUUCUUUGUUGCGAUAGUGUUUUCCUGAAAAACAAUAGAAAAACCAUGAUGUAGGUUGAAAUACAUUGAUUAUAAGUGAGGUUUUAGCCAUGGAUCGAUUUUAGCAGUAUACGCUUAUGAGAUACAAACAUUUUCAAUUGUUGUUUACCUUUUGUGCCUAAAAAUUUUACACUUAGACUUAGAUAUCACUUUAAGUUUACCGGUAGACUGAACGAACUGAAUCGUAAGAGUAUUUAUUGAAACAAAUAAAACAGUGUCGAUUCGAA